AUGAAUGGACAAGAGGUUAGGAUUGAAACGGAGGAUGCAGAUCUCAAGGUUUCAGAUUGUAUACUAUCUACUGUUGUCAAUGGCUUCAGCAAGAAAAUAGGGAUUUUGGUUAUGGUUAAGGUUUUCAAGGAGCUGAUUUUCAAGGGUUAUGAAUCGGGUCAAGUCACCUAUGCUUCAGUUAUAAAUGCAUAUUUCCAUCUUGAGCAAUAUAGCAAAGCAGAAGAGGUAUUUUUAGAGAUGGAGCAAAAGGGGUUUGAUAAAUGUGUUUAUGCUUACUCAACCAUGAUUGUGAUGUAUGGAAGAAUGGGGAGGGUGACAAGCGCGAUGAAGUUGGUAGCCAAGAUGAAACAAAGAGGGUGCAAACCAAAUGUGUGGAUCUAUAACUCCUUGAUAGACAUGCAUAGGAGGGACAACAAUUUGAAGCAGCUUGAAAAGCUGUGGAAAGAAAUGAAGAGAAGAAGGGUAGCACCAGAUAAGGUGAGUUAUACUACCAUCAUUGGUGCUUAUAGUAAAGCAGGUGAGUUUGAAACCUGUGUGAAGCUUUUCAACGAGUAUAGGAUGAAUGGGGGGCUUAUUGAUAGGGCCAUGGCAGGUAUAAUGGUUGGUGUGUUCUCUAAAGUUGGUCUGGUUGAUGAAUUGUUGAAACUCUUACAAGACAUGAAAGCAGAAGGAAAAAGACUAGAUCAGAGGCUGUACCAAUCUGCUUGGAAUGCUUUUAAAGAUGUCGGGUUGCAAAUUCAAGCAAGGUGGAUGAAAGAGAUCUUUUUUGUGACAUAA